CAGUGUAUAUGACUGGGAAAAUGAUAUUGCACUCAUGCUGGAGAUUUUUCCUUCUACUCCAGCAGGCUUCCAAGUGACUUUGUGGACGUGUAGCGGCUGAUUUAUCUUGGAGAUGUCUCCUAUGGGCUUGUAUUGCCUUCUCUUUAUCUCUGUCUUGGUGUGUUACUGGGUGCCAGCAGGCUGCUAUGCCGACGGCAAGGUCACCAAAGUCUGUGGCAGCAUGGAACCCCACCAUGGUGUCCCCAGUCAAACCGCUCACAGCCCCUACAGCCUAGAAACCAACAGCACUAAGUUCAGUCCCGGAGAUCAGAUCAAAGUCACCCUUGUCGGAACAUCGUAUUUUGAGGGCUUUCUACUUCAGGCCAGAGAUGCAGCCAAUCAGAGCUUGGUAUCCACAGUUGGCACCUUUACCUUGACCAAUCUGAAAAAGACACAGCUGCUCACCUGCAAUAAGCACCAGGGUUCAGCAGUGAGCCAUACGAGUGAUGCCAGACAGACAGAGGUUGUUGUCAUCUGGAAUGCUCCUACAUAUGCUCCCAGACAAGUUCAGUUUUUUGUGACUGUAGUGAAACACUACAGUCUAUUUUGGGUGAAACUGCCUGGGCCAAUCAUCUAUCAGCAUGGUGUUACUCCCCACCCACCUCAGUCAGACACUACACCUCCUCCAGUACAACCUACAACCACAGCCUCCAUCCUGCCUGGGCUUUUUACUUCUGAGGGAUGUGGCCAGUCAAAAUCCUGCCUGCUCGAUCCUCCUGGCUGUGAUCCAAAAGAAGACCCUCACUGCUUCUUCCUGUCCAUGACUACAGAGGGACCAGACAAAAUGUCUAUGGUAUUUGAGCUGAGUGGCCCAGCAGAGGGAUACAUUGCCUUUGCACUGUCCUGGGACAAAUGGAUGGGUAAUGAUGAUGUGUAUAUGUGUGUAAAAGAUGGGGAUAGAGUAUUAGUGAGUGCUGCCUUCGUCAGUGGACGGACACACCCUGAAGACCAGUCUGAGUCUGUCCUCUCCUCAGUGUCAUGGCGGCUGGCAGACGGACAUAUUCAGUGCAGAUUAAGUAGACCAGUCAAACUGACUAAUCAGAAAAGAGCCCUCUAUGAUCUGGACAAAGACUACUUUCUGUUUCUAGCCAACGGACAUGCUCAGUACGGUAAAGUGUGGAAACAUAGUCAGCAGCCAUUAAUCUCCAGCCACAGAAAACAUCUCACUGGACCACCAGAGAUCCUCAGAGGCUCCCGGGCACCCAUCAUUAUGAAAAUGCAUGGUGCACUAAUGCUGUUAGCCUGGAUGCUAACAGGAAGUGUUGGUACCUUCAUUGCCAGCUUUUACAAAUCUGAUUGGCCAAAUCAAACUGUCUUCGGCCAGAAAAUCUGGUUCCAGGUUCAUCGAGGCCUAAUGAUUCUAACUGUGACUCUGACCAGUGUAGCCUUCUGCCUCCCAUAUUUCUACAGGAAAGGUUGGAGCAAGCAUGCAGGUGUCCAUCCAUACCUCGGUUGUUGUGUUCUAACAUUAUCUCUGACUCAACCAGUGAUGGCUGCGAUCAGACCAUCACCUGACUCACACAGUAGAUAUAUCUUUAACUGGGGCCACUGGGGAGUUGGGUUUGUGACUGAGAUCAUAGCAGUGGCAGCCAUGUUCCUGGGGAUGCGUCAAUCAUCACUACUCCUCCCCCAGCCAUGGGCAACACAUGUUCUGAUUGGCUAUGUGACAUGGCUGGCCUUAUUCAGGUCCCUCCUCCUGAUGCACAGGCACAUUUACAUCAAAAAAUCAGCCUUGGGACCAGAUGAUAAACAAGCCAUCCUCUCUGACCCAUCAGAACAUGGUUGCUGGGGAUCCUUCAUAAAGUCUCUCAUCUUGGCUGCCUUGGCUCUUGGAAACUCUGGCCUAUUAAUGGCCUUGCUGUCUUCUAUUGCUGAAAUUUGACAUGUAUUGGAAAAGAUACCCAAAUGCCAUUUUAAAAGGUGACUUUUUUUGUUGGAAUACUUAGCCUGAUAUCAGAAAUAACAAGGACCUUACCUUUAGUAUUCAGCACAACACACAUUCAUUUUAUUUUAACCAAAUAUAUGGUUCUUUUUUUGUAUAUCUGUGUAGUUACAUGUUUAGUUCAUUCCUAAACAACUCUAAUUAAAAGUUCAUAUUUUA